UCACUCCCGUUCCCGGAAGGCAAAUCGGGGUCGCGAUACACCGUGAGUAGGCAGCGGGUCCAUGGCGCUCGCAUCGGGCUCCGGCGACGGCGGGAGGGACUUCUCCGUGGUGGUGCUGGGGUCCGACUUCGCGACGGACGCGGGCGCGGCGCUCCUCGCCUCCUACCCCGCCGACCGCGAGGAGUGGCACGACUGCGCCACCGACCUCGGCGACGACUUCUCCGGCCUCGAGGAGCUCCAGGUCGUGCGCGUGCAGGGCGCCGAUAAGUCCGGCCGGUCCGUCGUCCGCGUCGUCGGCAAGUUCUUCCCCGCUCCUGUUAUAGAUGGUGAACGUCUGAAGAGGUAUGUGUUUCACAAGCUGCGCACAGAAUUGCCAGAGGGUCCAUUCUGCAUCCUGUACAUGCACAGUACUGUUCAAUCAGAUGAUAACAAUCCUGGAAUGACAAUCUUGAGAGGAAUUUAUGAAGAACUUCCACCUGAAUACAAGGAAAGGCUGGAAAUAUUGUACUUCCUGCAUCCUGGGCUUUAUUCCAGACUGGCUAUGGCCACAUUAGGCAGGCUCUUCUUAAGCGGAGGGCUGUAUUGGAAAAUCAAGUAUGUCAGUAGACUGGAAUAUCUAUGGGGGGACAUUAAAAAGGGGCAGGUCGAGAUUCCUGAUUUUGUUCUUGAACAUGACAAGAUCCUUGAGCACCGACCUUUGACAGACUACGGCAUAGAACCUGAUCCUCUACAUCUUGCUGAUGUACCUUCUGUGGGCCAUUCUCUUGGUAGGUAUGAAGACAAUUGGUCUCCUGAGGAUCGAUGGUAUUCUCGCAACUACAUGUGAUAGUCUGCUGCUGGAGGAUUGGAAGUUCAAUGUGUAUAUAAUAUGACCAUGAGUACUACUUACAUUUGGUUGUUUGUGGAAGCAUUGUCCAUAAUAAAGCCCUGUGUCAAAAUUGUAGGCAUGUAUUAUAUUUGUAACAUGAUCUAUUGAACGCGUGCUAAAUUUUGUGAUUUGUGCUGUCUUGAGUAUUACGACAGAGGGAUAUACAACUGAUUUAAGUGUACGUAAA